AUGUUCUUCUACCUGCAAAGCGGGAAAAACAGUGUAGCAAAUGGUGAUAAAAGACAGCAGAAAUCAGGAAAUCUGGAUCGUUUGGAUGCUUUAUAUCACCACUGGAAAAGUUUAAGUUUAAAUUUUGAAAAACAAGCAGAAAAUUUCGAAAAACGGUUGAAAGAGGAAAGAGAUCGAACAGAUGCCGAAAUGCAAAAUGCGGUAGUUACAUAG